GAGCAUCUCGUUUGGGAUGUUGCUCCUACCUGUCGAGGUAUCCUCAGAGGGCUAGGGGGCAGCACGAGGAGCUAGCGAGGGUGUUCCGUCGUCGUACACUCCGCCGCAGAGCCGUGCGCCGCGCGCGACGCCGCCACUCGGGGCCCACUCAUCGGGAAAAUAUAGGCCAGGGUUAAGAGGUGAAGGGUCGAAGUUGAGACCAAUCCGGUCGUCGUCUUCUCUCAACUGUGUGGCCCUAUGUGCCACCAUUUGCCGCCUCGACCCCUUCCUACCCUCCCCGACGUUCACACUCGCACACACACACACCGCUCGCGCGCUCGCUCGCCCCCGCCCUCUCCCUUCUACCUCCCUCCCCCCCCCGACAAACACCAACCCCGACUCCCAACUCCCACCACCACCCCCCUUCCACUUUCUUGCGUGCGUACGCAGGUCUGUUCGCCAUUCACGUAGCAGCGCCGGGACCCAACGCACGGCAACACCACUGAAGGCUUCGCACAGCCCGCGCGUGCUUCUCGCCGCAGCCUGUCCACUUGAGUGACCGGACGCCCCCUUCCCUUCCUGGCCCCUCCCCGUCUCGUCCCACCACCACUACCACCACCACUACUACCACCCCAUCACCCCUCAACCCUCCCAUUACGGCUCCAGCCCUCUCUACGUCGCUGCAGGCACCGGAUCGGCUAUAAAAAGGCACUGCAUCGGUGUGUGAGACGUACUGCAUUUUGUUCUCACACCGUCGUCUGAAACCGUCGCUACCAGCCAGCGGAGAUCAUCACUACUACUACUACCACUGUAGCCACUACUCUUGUAAACUCCACUACUCCACUUCGCUGGUCAGACAAACGCUGCUUUAAGACAAGAAGAAAAGAGGGCGACAGCAACACUCGUGUACAAAAGUUGAGCAGCACUUAUCCAAGACGAACCUUGGUGGUAGACGUGGAUGUACACUCGGUGUGUGUUCGACCCGCAACCGCAGCGCGACGUGGUCGUUGGGAACUUUAACCCCUCUUGGGUCAGGAACGCCACAGUUUGGGGGGCACAGACGGUUGGCGAUCAUCGCCACGAAGAAGAAAAAAAGUCCCUUCAUAGAUUGGGUGUCCAGGCUGCUUGCCUGGUCGGAGCAGCGCAUCCUCUGUUUGUGUGCACCGUGGUUUCCCACGUGUUGCAUCCGCAGCACAGACGCUUAUAGCGACAAGUGUGCUCCUGCUUCUGCUGCUGUUGUCAUCAUCAGUAGCUAACAACCCCAGCAGCUUCCAGUCUAAAAUCUCAAAGAAAAACAAAAACCUGUAAAAGCUGCUUUUUUUUUUUGUCCUGGCCCCAAGGUUUCCAGGUUAACGACCCGACAACUGAAAACCGCUGGUUCGGCCAACUUUUGCUGCAAGUUCGUUGCUUCAGUAUCUCAAUCAGUCCCCAUCCCUUUCCCCCAUUUUUCUCUCUCUCUACAUCCCACCCCUUCCUCGGAGGAAGCGACAUUCCAACCUGAAGCCCAGACACUUGCUAGCGACGUCCUUGAAGCCCUCGAUAAGAGGGAAACACACGCAUGAUUGUGCCAACAACCUCCCGAAUCUCCUAGUUUGGCAUCCGACCAGCUAAGGGACCGCCAGCGAGAGGAGCUUGUUGUACACUCAAGGUAAGCUGUUGCUUCGUGAACGGGACCCAAGCAGGUGCUGAGGUCAAAACGGACAGCGAGCGGAAGAAGGAAGAGAAUCGAUUUUGUAACGUGACCCACGGCAGAGUUGUCCCUGCUGACCUUUCAUCAACACCGAAGAUCGCCGUUAUCAUUGCUCAUCGUUCUUGUUAUCAACUGACGCCAUUCUCAGCUUUUGGCCUGCGUCACUUGUCACCUUCGUCUGCAGGUCGUGUAGCCCCCGAGGGAGACGACACCUAUCCCCUCUACCACCACCACUACCACUACACCCACCACGCACACACCGAGGCUAGCCGUGAAUCAGUGUUUACAUUCGAAGCGCUUGACUUUCUGUGACAGUACCAGUGUUACGAUAACCCUUGGUGUGCGUGCGCGUGUGUCUUUUGCCGAGUUGUUGGCACUCCCACACCGUUCUCUCCUCCUCCCUUCCAAACAGAAAAAAAAAUCCGUCGUCAGGUGCUACUAAAUCUGAUUUUGCUGAGCAAAGGGGGAGUAAAUCAAAAAGCUGAGUCGAGUUAUUGACCUUGUACCGAUACACCCCAGUUCUGGCAGCUCACAGCGCCCUCAACAAGGGUUAGUUGACUUGCGAAGUUCACGGGUGGAAAGCGUUGACUGUUCACAAUGGUGUGUCUGCGAUUGCUGUUGGGGAGGCACCAGGUGUGGAGCCUGCUGCAGGCUGCUACCUUCAUCGCCCUGGUGUCCAGCGAACCUUCUACCAGCGGCGGGACCACCUGGACCAGAGCCGUUACCUGAAAACACACAACGACAACGUGGUCAAAGACAAAGAUGAUGCCAAGUUCAUGCUGUCCAAGUAUGGCUACCUCCGCUGCCAAAUUCCAAGACGGAAACGCGAGACGAUUCGGCAUUUCCGAGGCGAUAGGGGACACAACUCUGGUGUGCCCGCCAACCCAGAUGGCAAAUACAAUCCCUGGGCAGUUGGCUUUGAGCUCUCUGAAGAGGGAGGUUCCGAUGUGUGUGAUGAAGUGGAGGUUCAGAAAGCCAUCAAGGAAUAUCAGCGCACCUACAACCUGGCCCCAACGGGCGUCCUGGACGAGGAGACGAAAAUGCUGAUGAGUACCUCCCGGUGCGGAAACAAGGACACUGAAAAGGCCGCCAUGGACAAGAGAAAGGAGAACGCAACGAUGACCACAGUCACUACCACCACCUCGACUCCUCCAACCUCUUCCUCCUCCCCUACCCCUUCGGCCAACGUCCAUCUCAGCUCUGGGGCAGGUAGAAGUGGUCCUUACAAGACCUUGGUGCCCGACGACUCCAACAAGUCCGGCAACGGUGCGGCCCAGAGACUCUGGAAGCGUUCGGCCAAUCGCGUACGCCGGGACGACUCCAGCGCCCUGCUGCGGCUUCUGAAGGGCGCCGUUUCCGCGAAAGACAUCCGGGCAUCGCGGCAUCAUCGGCACAUCGAGGACUACAUCCGGCGGCUCAAGAGGGACGACCCAGCCUUGCUGCGGCCGUGGACGGAGGAGGACCACGAGCGGGCCAAGCGGUCCAUACAGGUGUGGGCCGUUGGUGACGCCCAGGAGUCGGACGCACGAAGAGGCGGCGGCAGCAAUGAGAUGUUCAACAAGGAGGUCAUUCGUUGGCGACUCCUGACCACAGGCUACUCCACGCGUAUCCCACCGGAGGACCAGCGGGCAACGAUUGACCUGGCUUUCCGCAUGUGGAGCGAGGUCAUUCCGCUGCGGUUCAUCGAGGACACUACAUCGGACAUCAACAGCGUGGACAUUGAGGUCGCCUUCGGAAGAGGAUCACACCAGAACUGCAGACACGACUUUGACGGCAACGGAGGCGAGAUCGCUCACUCGCAGCAAGCCGGCAACAUGCACUUUGACGACGAGGAGAACUUCAAGUCCAUCCGCACCUACACCUCUGAAGGCAUCUUCCUGCUGCGCGUGGCGGUGCACGAGAUCGGUCACGUGCUGGGGCUGGCGCACACCAACAAGUCGCAGUCCAUCAUGUACGCCAUCUACCGCGGGGCCGAGCUGCAGCCGGACUUCGAGCUGACUCCAGAGGACCGCAAGGACAUCCAGAAGAUCUACGGUGUGUGCAAAGGACAGUUUAGUUCAGUCUUCGACUGGGUCCGGAAACGACCGGACAACACGUUUAUCUACAACACCUACUUCUUCAGAGAGAACCACUACUGGAUGUACGAGAAUCACGCAAACCGAACUCGCUACGGUGAUCCCUUGUACAUAGCCCGUGAAUGGAAGGGGGUGCCAGACUCACCUGACGGCUACCUGCACACCUGGUACUACACGGGGACAGACAUCGUGGACGAAGCAUUUUUCUUCAAAGGUGAGCGCUAUUUCAAGUACGACAGUGACAAUGAUAUGGUAUACGAAGGUUGGCCCCGAAGAAUUAAGGACAGUUUUGGACCUAAACCAGGCGAAACUGAAGGAAUUCCAGACAACUUGGACACUGUUUUCUUUGACAUGCGCGACAAGAACAUCUAUUUCUUCAAAGGUGACAUGGUUUAUGUCUAUGACCCAAAGGAGCCGGAAGAGACCAGAGGAUGCUGUGUGCGCAAGCGCAAGAUCACGGAAGAGUUUCCGCCCGCUGGAGGUCACGACCCGUUGCCCGCGAACCUUGACGCCGUGUACUACUCCUACCAGGACAAAAUGCAGUAUUUCAUCAAAGGAGAAAACCUCUGGAGGAAUAAGAUCUUCGAUCCUCGAGACCGGCGAACUGUCAAUAGCGUGGAGCUGGUUGGCAAGUGGUAUGACCGCUGGAUGGAUAUCUGUGACGUUCAGGCUCACUGAUCGAAUCCUGGGAAACUUUCUUUUUCUCAGACACAAGUCCUUUUUUUCGCAAGAGUUGUGUCCAAGGGUUUAUCAGAGGAAAGCGGACAAGCCAAACGUGCGUUUGGAAAAGAAAAACCCAUGUUACUAAACCAGCCCAAUUUUUACAAUUUUAAAAGAAAGGACAAAGACUCGCCAUCGGCCUGCCUAGCGUAGAGAGCGACCUUCUGGUAACCGCAACUAUGUUCUUCGGAGGACCUUUUUCUUGUCGUUCUUCGUGGCUUGCGUCCAGGGGGCAGCUUGGGCGGUGUUGAGUAUGGUAACCGGGAGAUUGCUUCCCGAGGUGCCGGCUGCCAGCUUUCAGUAGUGGCGACUGUACUUGCCGGUCAAGUCAGGUCAGUGCUGGGCAUGGCAGGGAGGAGGUGGCUGGCUGUCAGGACCAUCCAACCAGACAGCGAGCGAUGAAGAGAGUUGUUGUGGUUGGCAAGAUGAGCCAUGCCCGCUGCUAGCUGAUAAGCUUCUAGAUUGCUAUCGCUGCAACUGAUGUGUCGGAUGACUAUGCAACGGGAAACAGCAAACAGUCGUAAAGGAGAGAGAGGACAAAUAAACAAGGAUCGACAGAGGCCAUGACAACAUUCACACGUCUCGCUUUAUUCUUCGGAAAUCGUCAGAGAACCGCGAUCAAAAAAAAAAGAAAAAAAAAACAAAAAAAAAAACACUUCUCUCGAUUCCUUUAUACAGAAAUUAUCGGGGCUUUACUGCUAGUGCGAACGGGAUUAGCUUUUGCAUGGCUGUGGACACAAUGAAGGACGCAGCUUCCUAGCGAACGCAGACUCGCAACAAAGGUCCAAUGUGGUGUCAGCUGGCUGCACCCCGGCUUCUAACUUUUCACUAAGACUUUUUUUUUUUAUUCAGUCACCCCACUCUACUUCCAGUACCAAGCAACCCACAUUUAAACGGCGUUUACUGCUUUUUUUUUUUUUUAGGGGUACGCACGCGCACGCGCGCACGCACAUACACACACAUAAAAUAUGCGUUGUAUAAUUUGCUUUGUGUCUCGCACAUUUGUUUCCUCAUAAAAGUGCUACCAGACUCUUUUAUAAAGCAACUUUUUUUAAAGAAGUGACAUGUGACCAAACCAUCCUUUUUUUUUUUAAAGGAGAUGAGCACCAUACUUCGUACUUGUGCACAUUACCAAGAGACCAGUAGAUGGUGAUGCUUUUGUACAACUCGUGUAAUAUGAUGUGCUCACACAGAACCCGAGGUAAACAAACAUCAAACUGAUAUUUCUUGACGCCACAGAGCAAAACCUUCCCCAUCUCAACCCCCAUGACAGUGGUUAUCUCCCCCUCCCCCCACUCAACUCCCCUACACCUUUCCCUCCCCUCCCUCCCCCCAUGACCCCUGCCCUCGCGAAGGUGAAGAUGGGACUGUGGCUGGCGUCAAAUGCUUGCCAAGGAUUGUUUGCAUUGUUCACGGCCUUGGUCGGCUUUUCACAUGACGAUAACUAGUUUAUCUACAGCGACAAGCUGGUCUCCUGUUACAGCAUGGCAAAGUAAACAGUGUGUCUUCACCCAGUGAGGGACAAGAUGGUGGGCACCGGCUACACUCUACUCAGCAACACAAGUGCACAUAAGCACUCUUGCGCAAGAAGUGACAAGAACGGCGCGAAAGACUUGACCACCUGCCGCGCUGGUUCCUUGUGCACCAUCUUUGUUUUUGUUUUUUUGUUUGUUUUGGGGUUGUUUUUUUUUUUGGGAGGGGGGAUGGGAAGGGUUUGGGGGGGGUUGGCUUGGUUUUCUUGCUGGUUCGAAUUAUUCGAGAACGAUAUAAUUCAGCAGAAAAGUCGUGUUUUUUUUAAAAAUGUUGUACCAUGUUGUGUAAUCUAGCACAUUCCCUCACUGCCCGUGACGCAGUAUGCACGCCUUGGCCGGCAAGAGGUCAGAUUGUGUCAAGUCUGUGAUGUGCGCCUUUCCAGGGAUUGGACGCUGGGAGCAAACGGUGCGCGCGCACUGUCGAACCAUUGAGCACGACUCACGCACGCGCUCCUCGUGACAACGUGACAUGAUUUUGGUUGGCGGUUGGGUUGGACCGAUCAUGAAGACAGUCACGUUGCUUAAAAAAAAAUAAAAUGAGCGAUCCUUAUUUAUUAUUAUUUUGAGGGGGAGAGGCGGUGUUGGGGUUGGAUGGUUUGGUGCGAUUGAAACUGCCGGAUUUUUUGUAUAUAUUUAUAUAUACAUUUUUUACCUUAAUGUCUGCGGCUUCAGAUUUGUGGUGGCGCAUCUGUCCUUAUGUAUUAUACAUUUUUAUACAAGAUGUUUGUGGAAAAACUGACUACUAGAUGUUACGAACCGUGGUGUCAAAAGAGUUUUUUUCUUGUUGUUUAACGUCUGUUAUUUCCCUUUGAUGUACCUGCUGCAUUGAAUUUUAAGUACGGUUUUUUUUAGAAAUGUCUGUUGUGACUGUCGUUUGUGACUGGUUGUCCAAAAAUAAAAUUAAAAAAAAAAACAAACAAAGCUGCUUUGUAGCCUACCUCGAUACCCAUCGUUCUGGAUUAUCCUGAAGUCACAGACCGGCGCUUUUGUGAAGAAGACCUUGUUAUUCCAUUUCUGUUGUUAUUGCUCAUACUGUUGUCUUUACUGGGUAUGUCGAUGAGCUUGAGUAUCAGAAAAUUAUUAUUAGUGAUUGAACCAAAGAAGCUGGCCAUGAAGAGCUUUGUUUUUUGGUAACGUGAGCGUUUUGUUAGUGGUUUACAGAAAUAUGCCAUUGGUAUUGGUGUAGAGAGAUUCAAUGUUUCAUUUCCUGCAAACGUUCCCAAGGAAAACUUUAUUCUUUGCUUUGUUGCCCCCUGUCCAUCUGUUCUCGUGACAAUUUUUUUUGGGGGGGUGGGAGGAGGGGAGUCAGCAAACUGCUUGUGCCUGAAUCGUCUGCUUUUGUAGUUUUACUUGCUACACUGCACGGUUGUAGAUGUGGUUUCUUUGAAUCCACUCGCUGUAUAUUUCUGAAUUCCUCUGUUCUCUCUUUCUAUCCCAAAUACUUUCCCAGUGUCACGACUGGCCUUCUGGGUGUCUUGUAGUGUGCAUACAGCUUCACUGAGGACCGGGUGCUUGGCCAUGAGAUGGCCUUAGAUGCUGACAGCGUGAAGCACCAAAGUCCUCCUCCUCCUCCACCCGGCAUUGAAGGACUAAAAGUCCUACUCUUUGCUUGUCUCGCACGUUCCAUGAGGUCAAAGGGGAUUUAGUCCUGCUCUGUCCAGCUGCCUGUUCGCUCGCAGCUUUUUUUCAAACUGCUGCUUUUCAGUUACAAACAUCUCGACUCUACUUCCUGAUUUCGCACACUUCAACCUUAACAACAGAUAGCAGGAAUGUCGCUUUUUUUUCACACUCUAACCACCAGUGUUUUUGAAAUAGGGCAUUUUAUUAUUUUUAUACAUCGUUUUUCCAUCAUGUCGCUUAGACAAUUUCCUUCGUUCUGUCUUUAGAGUUAAAGUGAUCCGAUUGCCUUUUGAGUGAAAAAAACAUUUUGAAGAUGAAGUUGGAAUAGUUAACAUCUCGACAAACUUCAGUGGAGGUUAUGUACCAGUCUAUUCACGUUUAACGUGUAAGGAUGACCUGUCUAAGGCAGAAUCCGAGGGAGGUAUCAGCGAGGGCAUAAUCGGAAGAUAAACGGAACUUGUAAAUAAGAGCUACAACCAGAGUUGUCUACGUCAGUCCCAUGAACUUGUUUCUUCAACAGGAAUCACUACAUCUACCCUUGACCACCGCCACCCCUUCCUCAUGUCUUCAUGUCAACACAGACGAUGCUACAGCCUCGUUUCAAACACAGGCAACAGUGACGUCAUUAUAUGUCGAGCCACAUCCUGCUCAUUAUUUAUACUUCGAAAAAAAAAAACAUGUUACAGUUUGAAAUGUUUUAUAUCUGAGUUUGAGGAUUUGGACUAUUUUAUUACAUUCAGAAAAAAGCGUGUGUACAUUUUGCGAUGUGAUAUUUAUUACGAAUUAUCAACUUUAUUCACACCCCUGUUUCCUUUCAUUUUAUUUCCUUUCCACCUUUUUUUCUCGUGUCACGUGAUAUCAGCCUUAUCUGUGUGACUGUUGCAUUUUCUAUUUCUUCAGACCUGUUACAGUUCACUGUUAAGAAGUUUCAUAUUCGCUGGUUUUUUGUGGUUUUUUUUUUCAAAUAACGAAACGCUAGUUCCGUAGUGUUGAAACUUUUUUUUUUUUAGCUCCUUAGCCUCGUAGUCCUGAAGUGUUUGCAGGCUGUACAUGGUAAGGCUGUGGAGGUUUAUAGGACUAUGGGAUGUUCGGAGUUGAGAGAGUGGUCGGUCCUUGAGACUCACGGAUGUUCAUAUCUAUCAAUGAUUUAUCCAGUUCAGAAGUCCAGUCCACUAUUUUAGUUACAGCCAGAUAAGUAUGCAGAUCGAUUCUCUGUCAACAGUCUUUGGUGAUGUAUGCUACUCGAUUUUCUCUCCCUUUCUCGUCCCUUUUCUUGCACCCACCUCCGUGCAUCAACAUACGCACUCGUAACAGCCACCCUACCGAGCAAUUAAUUAAAAUGUUUCGCUGCUGAGCUCAAGACAGGAAACAGAAUCAUUUUCCAGGUACACGGCAACACAUAUAUGUGAUUUCAUUUUAAGUACAGCCAUUAAUUCUGUAAAUUCCACAGCUAACCUCGUGGCCAGUUCCACGAUAUUUUUAGGCAAGCUCCUAAAAAUCGGUUGAAUCCGUUAUAAAUGGAUUUGGCUCAUGGAAUUACACCAAAAAUUUACAAGACAAACUUUAUGGGCGAAUGUUGGACUAUUGCUCCACACUUAUGCGCACAAAAACAAAAACAAAAGCCGUCCAACCAGCAGAUCCACGUUUUCUGCAAUUUUACCAAAGUUGGGGGUCAGAGGUUGAAGACAGCACAAGAGAUGAACUUCUGGAUGAUCCCAUGCGAUUCCUCCGAUUUCGACAACAAAUUCUAAUCAUGACUUUAUCUUAUUGGGAAAAAAUAUUUACAGAACAGAAUUUCAAAGGUCACUGACCCUGUUUUGACUUUUAUAUUUGCAUUUAACAUCGGUUUGUCAGAUACUGAAGGCUAACGAUCAUUUCUUGGUGUGUGAGACAUAUAACUUCUUUCCAAAUAUAACCGAAAAGGGAAGUUAAAGUGGAUCUUGAAAUCUAGUGUUGGUCUGAAAUUUUCCUUUAGAGUAUUCUAAAAUGUCCCGGAAGUACUUAACUGUAAAGAUGUUUGCUAGGGGAGAUCAGUCUGUUGUAAGAUAGACAACAAAAAUGCCGUUAUGUACAUUGAAGUUUCUCCACCAAGUGUUUUUGUUUUUGUUUUUUAAUGUUUGUCGACGAUGUCCUAGCCCAGCGUACAUGUGAACAAAGCAUCCUGUUUUAAUUAUAUCAUUUUAGCUGUGUAUUUAUAAAGCUGUUGAUUACAGUUGGUGAGUGUUCAUGUCCAGUGCAUCUUUAAGUUUAAUGCCUCUGGCUUGUCUUGUCUCUAGUCUUCUUCCCCAGCCCAGAAUAUUCAUGUCGUUCAUACAAAAGCGAAAUAAAUGUUCAGUCUUAGCUUUUCAA